CCAUGAAUUCGAUGGAGUAUGAGCCGAUUGAUUACCUCUUCAACCCCAGUUACAUUGACGAACUCCAUGAAUGUAGCUUGGAAGCUGCUUUUUCCUUUGAAACGGAAGAUUUUUUCUCCCCGAACACCAUUGGAGAUGGUGCAAUUGACGAUGACGACUGCCUGGAAAGAUUGCUCCAACUGGAGGAAGAUCAGCUGCUGGACUUUGAUACCAUCUGUCAAGAUACAGUAAUGGAUCUUGAUCAGAGCGCAUUAGAAAUUGGAUCAGAUGAUCGUGGAAUGAAUGAAGAAAACCAAGAAAACGUGAGUGUAUCGACACAAGCAAAUCCCCCUUUAAGGGGACUUCAAGAAGAAGAACCGAUGCAAGAAAGCAGCUUGACCGAUAUGCUUUUGAUGGGAGCUGAAGCUGUUGAAGCACAAAACUGGCCUCUUGCUUCAGCUGUGGUUGAGAAGCUUAACGAUCUCUUAAUUGAUAUAGAGAAUGGUUAUGGACAUGACUUGUUUAAGAGGUUGGCUCUUUUCUUCACUCAAGGCCUGCAUUACAUGAGCAUUGACGCCCUCAAAAUGCGGCACGAGCUUUACCCGACCUGUCUGGAGGGGGCGGUUUGCACGGUAUCUCAGAAAUCUCAAAAUGUAGCUGAACACAAUAACUCCAUUUUUGCCUUUCAGAUUCUCCAGGAACUCUCUCCAUAUGUGAAAUUCGCGCAUUUCACAGCGAAUCAAGCAAUCAUUGAGGCGACACUAGCCGAUCGCGAGGUUCAUGUCAUUGAUUUCGACAUUAUGGAAGGGAUCCAAUGGCCGCCUCUGAUGGUUGAGCUUGCAAUGAGGAAGGAUACUACUGUCUUCAGAUUAACAGCCAUCAUAGUGGAGAAGAAAAAUGCUGCACUUGUUGAACAGACAGGAAGCAGGCUGAGAGAGUACGCAGAUUCAAUCAACCUGCCCUUCAUUUUUGAUCAGAUGGUGAUGGAAAGAGAAGAAGAUUUGGAAAGGAUGGAAGUUGGCAAUACUUUCAUAGCCAAUUGCAUGAUCCACCAACUUCACAUGCCCAACAGAAGUUUUUCAUUGGUCAAAACAUUCCUUGAUGGUGUGAUCAAAUUGUGUCCUAAGAUUGUUAUUUUAGUACAAGAAGAAUUGUUCAAUUUUGGCAUAAUCCCAUCCAUGUCCUUUGUAGAGUUCUUCUUUGAGGCCCUUCACCAUUACACUGCACUUGCAGAGUCACUGGUCAACAGCUAUUCUGGGGUGUACAAAAUGGGGUUAAGAUUGAUAGAGAAGGAGUUUCUGGGGAUUAGGAUUUUAGAUUGUUUAAAGCAGUUUCCCUUUGAUGAGGAGAAGAGAAUGUUGUGGAGAGAGGGAUUUGGUUCGUUGAAGGGAUUUAGGAGAAUCCCAGUGACUUCUUUCAAUAUUUCUCAAGCCAAGUCCUUGGUGAGCUUGUACAGUGGGGGGUAUUGGGUGAAACAUGAGAAAUGCAGGUUGGCCUUGUGUUGGAAGUCAAGGCCAAUGACAACAGCAUCCAUUUGGGUGCCUAAAAGAAAAAGAUGAAGGUGAGAAAGGCCAAACCCAUUUGUAUACUUUUUAAUUUGUUCAAAUAUGUGCAUGGUUUAUUGAUAAAUCAGCAUAUACGUCGAAACUGCACUUUGGUAGCGUGAGUAGGACGUACAUUUUAUUUUAUUAUAAUGUUGAUCAUG